AUGUCUAAAGAGACCCUGCCAACAUCUAGAGGGGUUGAGAAAAACACAAUUCUCUCUAACUCUACAACUCCACACCCAUUCAACCCACUGCCCGUAAACGAGGCUACGCCUUUUCAUCCCACCUCAAUUCCGCCGUCAUGGCCAUCAUUUUGGACCCGAUUGAAUAAAUGGAACAGCAAAUUUGAAGCCCUAACCGGUGUAGAAAGCCGUGGAAUAUCUCGAGUCUCCCUCUCCGAACGCGAGCCUACCACCCCAUUUUCUUACCUCCAAAUCGCGCUUCUCUGGGUAUCGUGUGAUCUAACCGCAAACGGCAUCACGCUCGCUAUGUUGGGUCCUCUCGUCUUCGAACUCUCUUUCGCUGACUCUACACUCUGCUGCGUGUUUGGUGCAGUCAUAGGCUCCAUCGGUCCAGCAUAUAUCAGCACCUGGGGCCCGAGAAGUGGCCAUAGGACCAUGAUAGUUGCGCGCUGGUUCAUGGGAUAUUAUCCUGCCAAACUGACGACCGUACUGAGCUUGUUUAUAAUGCUGGGAUAUGGGACGAUAAACUGCAUUAUCGUAGGCCAGAUUCUUUCUGCUGUAAAUGGCCACGGCCUCUCUCUCAUCCCGGGGAUCCUCGUUGUCGCUGGCAUCACUCUUGUAGUAGCUGUCUUUGGCAUGCACGCUUUCCACGCCUACGAGCGAUAUGCCUGGCUCCCACAAGUCUUGAUCCUCUUCAUUCUCGUCGGCUCCGCAGGCCCAGGCUUCAAUACCAGCAUCUCAAGCACAGGCUCUACACCCACAAUCAUCGGCCACAGGCUCUCAUACUUGACUCUCUGUAUGAGCAGCCCGCUAGCCUGGUCCGCUAGCGCUGCAGACUACUUCGUCUACUACCACCCAACUACACCAAAACGCUAUAUAGCAGCCUCCACCUACAUCGGCAACGUCCUCGCAUUCUCCUUCGCCUACGUCCUCGGUGCUGGUCUCGCAAGCGGCAUAUCUACUAACCCCAUCUGGUCCACCGCAUAUAAGAACUCCCAAGGUGCGUUGAUUCUCGCCGGAUUCUCAGGCCUCGGCUCCUUCGGCUCUUUCUGCGGAGUUGUGUUAGCGCUCGGCAUCAUCGCCGACAACAUCGCAGCCACGUAUUCCGCAGGCCUGGCAUUCCAGAUGCUGGAUCAUCGAAUUGGUAGGGUCCCGCGAUGGAUUUUGACGGCGGGUUUUGUGGGAUUGUAUACUGCGUGCGCGUUGGGGGGCCGGAAACAUCUGUUUGAUAUUUUUCAGAAUUUUCUCGCGCUCAUGGGAUAUUGGACGGGUUUCUUCUUUUGUAUUGUCGCGGAAGAACAUACCCUUUUCCGAGGUGUGAGAAAUAUGAAGGCGAGAGCGAGAAACGCGAGGAGUGAGGAGGGGUAUGAUGAUGGGUUUGAUUGGAAUAGCUGGGACGAUUGGAAGAGUUUGCCUGUUGGUGUAGCGGCGUUGAUAGCGUUUUUGAUAGGCUGGGCGGGUGCGGUGGUGUGUAUGAAUCAGGAGUGGUAUGUAGGACCCAUUGCAAAGAUGGUGGGGAAGGAUGGGAUCGAUUUGGGGUUGUGGGUCGGGACGAGCUGGACGUUAUUAUUGUAUCCCGUGUUGAGAGUAUUGGAGAUUAGGACAUUUGGACGAUAG